AUCUUAUUGAUUCGGCUUUCAACUUUCUGUAGACAUCCUGGAGGAGAGAAUUUGGUCCGCUAUUAAAUUCAGUGCCUCACAAUAGUUUGGAGGUUUUUGGGUGAUCUUUUGCCGCGAUUCCCUUUUGUGUUUGGAAGUCAAUAGAGGGCUGUUGCAAUGUGGAUUCAGGUGCGCACCAUGGACGGAAAGGAGACCCACCGAGUGGACUCCUUGUCCAAGCUCACCAAGGUGGAUGACCUGCGGCUGAAGAUCAUGGAACUCUUCAAGGUGGAACCGGAGAGGCAGAGGCUCUUCUACCGGGGCAAGCAGAUGGAGGAUGGACAUACCAUCUUCGACUACAACGUUGGCCUGAACGACAUCGUCCAGCUGCUGGUGCGGCAGAGUGCCCCCCCAGCGCCGCUCCCCAAGGAGAAGGAGGCGGAGCUGUCCGACUCGGACUCCGGCUGUGGCUCCGCCCAGAGCGAGUCGGACAAGUGCUCGACGCACGGCGAGGGGGACGGACAGGCUGCAGGAAGCUCCGCCCAGACAGACGCCUUGGACCUCGUCGACCCGGGCUUUGGCUUCUACAAGAUAAAUGAAUUUGUGGACGCCAGAGAUCUGAACAUGGGAGCCUGGUUUGAGGCGAAGGUCGUCAACGUCACCAAGACGACCAAGAGCUCAGCGGAUGGAGAUGCACAGACUGAGGCGGUGGCAGCGCCGGAGCAGGAGGAGAUCCGUUACCAUGUCACAUACGAGGACUACCCAGACUACGGGGUGGUGGAGAUGGCGGGUAAGGACGUGCGGCCGCGGGCACGGACGGUGUACCAGUGGCACCAGCUGGAGGAGGGCAUGGUGGUGAUGCUCAACUACAACCCCGAUGAGCCCAAGGACCGCGGCUACUGGUACGACGCGCAGAUCCAGAGGAAGAAGGAGACGCGCACGCAGAGGGAGAUCUACGCCAAGAUACUGCUCGGGGAAGCUGGGGACUCUCUGAACGACUGCCGCAUCAUGUUUGUGACGGAAAUCUACAAGAUCGAGGAGGCAGGCAGCAAGGAUGGAGCAGAACCCGGAUCUGAGAGCCCACUCAAGAGGUCCAACGGGCCAGAGUGUAAGCACUGUAAGGAUAACCCCAGUAAGAACUGCCGCUGGUGCAACUGCCACGUGUGCGGUGUGAAGCAGGACCCCGACAAGCAGCUGCUGUGUGACGAGUGUGACAUGGCCUUCCACACAUACUGCCUCAACCCUCCGCUGGAGAACAUUCCAGAAGACGAGGACUGGUACUGCCCAGACUGCAGGAACGAUGUAAAUGAGGUGGUUUUGGCAGGAGAGAAGCUGAAGGAAAGCAAGAAGAAGUCCAAAAUGGCGUCUGCUACCUCCUCCAGCCAGAGGGACUGGGGAAAGGGCAUGGCGUGUGUGGGGCGCACCAAGCAAUGCACCAUUGUGCCCUCCAACCACUACGGGCGCGUGCCAGGGGUGCCCGUCGGAACCCAGUGGAAGUUCCGGGUGCAGGUGAGUGAGUCCGGCGUGCACAGACCCCACGUGGCGGGGAUCCACGGCAGGAGCAACGACGGCGCCUACUCUCUGGUGCUCGCGGGCGGCUACGAGGACGACAAGGAUGAUGGAAAUGAGUUUACGUACACAGGCUCUGGGGGGCGGGAUUUGUCUGGGAAUAAGAGAACAGCUGAGCAGUCAUGUGACCAGAAACUGACCAAUAUGAACAGGGCGUUGGCGCUGAACUGCAACGCUCCGGUGAACGAGAAGAACGGUGCGGAGGCGAAGGACUGGAAGGCGGGAAAACCUGUGCGAGUGGUGCGCAGCUGCAAGGGCCGCAAACACAGCAAGUUCAGCCCUGAAGAUGGCAACCGCUAUGACGGCAUCUACAAGGUGCAGAAGUACUGGCCGGAGAAGGGCAAGUCGGGCUUCCUGGUGUGGCGCUACCUGCUGAAGCGGGACGACGACGAGCCCGCCCCCUGGACCAGAGACGGGAAGGAACGCGUCAAGAAACUCGGACUCACCAUGCAGUACCCUGAUGGCUACCUGGAGGCGGUUGCUGCGAAGGAGAAGGAGAAGGAGAAUAAGGCCAUGGAGCUGGAGGAGGAGCCAGAGACACCCAGCAAGGGCAAGAGGAAGAGGAAGUCCCAAAAGAUGGAUGCGGAGGAGAAGUCGUCCCCGGCGAAGAGCCCGUCUAAGAAGAUGAAGGUGGAGGCGUACAAGCUGAGCCGCGAGCAGAAGGCGCUCAUCAAGGGAGACGAGCUCAACAAGAAGCUCUGGGACGAGGCCAUGCAGUCUCUCAGCCUGGGGCCGAAAUUCCUGAACAAGGUGGAGGAGGUGUUCCUGUGCAUCUGCUGCCAGGAAGUGGUCUUCCAGCCAGUCACCACAGAGUGCCAACAUAACGUCUGCAGGGAAUGCCUCCAGAGGUCCUUUAAGGCCGAAGUGUACACAUGCCCCGCUUGCCGACACGACCUGGGCAAGAACCACCAGAUGAGCGUCAACAAGUCCCUCCAGGCCAUCCUCACCCAGCUGUUCCCCGGGUACAGCAGCGGGCGAUGAUGCCCGUCGUGCCCUCGCCCGCUCACCUGCCGCACUGGCACCGGCACCGCAACACGAACUCUGAGGGCGAUCGCCGAUCUCAGUCACCCAUUGCAAACGCCACCUCUGUUCCUCUGAUGUAUUUAAAAUGUACUGACUUUUAAAUCUGGGGGGGGUGGGCAGUCCCAUCCCCUCCCUCCUCUCCCCCACCAGCCCCGCUGGGAGCAGGAGCCAAUGAAAUGCAAUCAGUUUGUGUCUCUGCUGCCUUCCUUUAGCCAGUCAUGUUCCGUAGAGUCCGCCAGCCACAGACGCUAAAUCUCAUGCGUGGAACACACACACACACACACACACACACACACACACACACACACACACACACACACACGGUGACCAUGGACUGAGAUUUAACGUGUUUUUAUAAAUGGCUGAUGUUUUGUGUAGGAAAUCAGGGCCUUAGUGUCAAAAGUCCACAUCACCGCUGCCCGCAAAUGUCUAGAAUGCUGUACAGUCACGCGCACGCACUCACACACUCGCUCAGGGUGUGUCCAGUUGUACGAAAUUUGUAGAAAGCAGCUGACCCCCGAGUCGAAUCCCGGUUGCUCCAGUCCACUUUGUACCAGAUUAGCAGAGUUUGCCAUUUCAGUAGCUAUUCUGGCUGCUCUCCCCCCCGGCUUUUGGUUAAAUAAAUGUGCACGGCUCUGAGGUAGGCACAGCCCCUUUCGUGUGUGUGUGUCCGCGUGUGUGUCCGCCCAUGCUGUAUUGACAAUGCUGUGCUUGCCUGCACCUCGAGUCCCAGAGUUAACCGUGAGCCCGUUAUAGUAGGAAACACAAGCCUCCCCUUAAAACUUAAUUGCCCUCCCACCCUGUCGAUUUGAUAUAUUAGCUUUAACAUUCCUCUAAGUUACUAUCGUACACUUUCUUUUAUACGCUAUUGGCGCGGUAUAUAAAUCCGUCAUACUUACUUGCUUUUCGAUGUGAUGGACGUAAUCGCCAGUUUGUAAGAAAUGUAGCCAAGUAAUAUUCCCUCUUAUCUUUGGUUUGUUGUAGCAUUUAAUACAAAAUUAGUUGCCAUAUGAUUGGAAUAUUGAGAAGACCCAAAGAUCCCACUUUGCCUUAACACCGUUCCCAUAGAGACAAUUUUAAGCUGAACCUUUAAGAUGAUUUAAGAUGUGUGUGUGUCCACACACUUUACCCGUUACCCUGCCAGUCUUAGGUGAGAAAGCAAAGAGUCAUUUUCUUUAAAUAAAAUCAAAUAAUUUUGAUUCCGUUUCCAUUUUUCAUAAUUGCCUGAGGCUGCAGCUGUUGUUUCCUCUAGAUUUUACCUCAGCGGUUUCUAUUAAUAUUUUAUAGACUGGAAAUGUAUAUUCUGAAAUUGUUUAUAUUUUAGCACUUGUCCUUGUUUUUUUCCCCUCUGUAGAUGUAGGCUUAUAGCGGUCUUUUGGACACGUUUUUAAGUGCAGAUUUUCAAUAAAUUCUUAUUGACCUUUUUUCUAAAAAUGAAA